CGGCACGUUUAGCCAGUCACACAGGAUCCUCUCGAUGGGCCAACACGCAACAUUUAUCUUUUUAUUACACUUUAAUAAAAAUGAAACAGUUGCGUAAAGAUAUUGAUAAAGAUGGCCGUGGAAAGAUGGUGCUGGUACCUGACGAGGAGGAAGACAUGUGGCACGCAUACAACAUCAUCAACGAAGGUGACUGUCUGCGCACCACCACCACUCGCAAGGUCCAGCAGGAGUCUGCCACUGGCUCAUCAACCUCCUCACGUGUUCGCACCACCAUAACCAUCCAGGUGUUGGACAUCCACUAUGACACUUCUGCGUGCUUGCUCAGGGUCAAGGGCCGCAAUGUGGAGGAAAACCAGUACAUCAAGAUGGGAGCCUACCACACAGUGGACCUGGAAGCUAACCAAAAGUUCACGCUCUUCAAGGAACACUGGGAUUCAGUGACUCUGGAGCGUGUUGACAAUGCUUGCGACCCGGCCAGGGUGCUAGAAGACCCCUCCUUGAUAGCAAGACUAGCAGACACAAAAGCUGCCGGGGAGACGAAGGCCUUACAGCAGUUCAUGACCCUUUUCGGAACCAACCCAGAUCGUGCUUACUACGGAAUCAAGCAUGUGGAGAAGGCCAACAACGCACAGGCGAUCGAGACCUUGCUUGUGUCAGAUACGCUUUUCAGGUCAAAAGACUUAGACGAGAGGCGCAGGUACAUUCGGCUGGUGGAUGACGUCAAAGACAAUGGCGGGGACGUCAAAAUUUUCUCCAGCUUACAUGUGUCGGGGGAACAGCUGACAGUAGGGUUGGCUGCACUCCUUUCGUUUCCAAUGCCCGAAAUCGAGGAAGAGGACCAAGCAGAGGAAUCAGACGAGGAGUGAGGUGGAAUGCGGCACAAGGAAAUUUUUUUUUUUUUUUUUCCUCCCUUCACGUUUUUCUUGAUUUCGAUACGAUAAAAGAUAAUCAAAUUGAUAAUAAACGGAAAUAGAUUUCUUUUCCCUCGCUCUUUCUUUUUUUCUUUUUAUAACAAAUUCUUAUAUUCUUAUAUAUUUUUACUUUAUUCUUUAUUGUUUUCUUUUUUCUCUUAAAUGUAUCAACAGUUGUUUUUCUCAGUAAAGCGACAGUUACACUUUUUUUUUGUUUUUGUUUUAUGUCUAAAUGAUGUUUAAUUCUGUUACAAGCUCUAAUGUGUAUUUUACAAAAUUAUUACAUCCACUCUUGGUCUUUAAAUGCUUGAAUUAUAGUUGGAAAAAAAAAGAAAGAAAAAAAAAGAACAGUAAACCAAAGUAUUAGUUUGCACUCCACCACCUUUUUAAAAGUCCUAAAAUGACACAGUUUUCGACACUUUUUUUUUUUUUUUCCAUCGCACCAUUGUGAUAGUCUCUAGUUGAUGAGUGGGUUGUGAUUUGUUAUCAUUUCUUGCUUAUGUCCGGUGAAAGGCUUUGUUGUUUGACCCAUUGUGAUAGGUCCGUUUGUCCUUCUGGAAGUUGGAAUUCUCCCCUCACCCCCCAUGGUAGGAUUCACGACUCGUUUCUACAUCUUGAGAUGGAAUGCGAGGCUAAGCUAUGAGACUGAGGCAUGUGUGAAUGUGCGUGCAUUUAGCGGAUGAGAAAAAGGACCCUCCUUCAUUCGGUGUUGAUGUUGCAAUCGCUUCAAAGGCUAAACCAUGAACUAAUAAUGCCUUAAUGUCACCUGUAAACUACUCAGAUAUCAAUAGUUCAGUUGCGAAAGGGUAAAUAUUUUAAGAUAGUACAUAGGAUCUGUACUUUCUACAUUUACGAUCCUGUUAUGUACUUUCCAUUCAUUGUUAUGUAAAAAAAGAAAGAAAAAAAAAAUGUAUGUAUGUUUGUACCUUUGUUGAGGUAUGUAUAUGUUGGUGGUUUUAACACAUUGUGGCAGUGGAUAUUUACUUCAUAAAUAUACAAGGCAAUCAGGAUUAUUUGCAAUUUAUUAUUUUUUUCUUUUUUUUACAAUCUGUAAAUUGAUGUCUGUGACCCUUCACUUUUAUUUCAUAAAUACCAAAUGAUCUUCAAUUUGUUGGAAGAUAAUAUUACUAUUAUUAUAUUUAUAUUAAAGAAGGACUUUGUAAGAAGGAAUAAACAUUUAGUCAAUAACUAAUCGUCAUAUUACCCCUGAUACUGGGAAUGCAUCUUUCUGACUGUUCUGUAUCAGAAUAGCACAUAGUUAUUCUAGACAGUUUGAUGAAUCUAACUGUAGUUGACACAUUGAAGCUUAAAUAGAUAGCAAAAAAAUAAAA